CCUGGUGUUCUACACUUUUCAUGUUCAAAGAUCAAAGCAUGCAAUGUGAUUUUAUUAUCCUUCCUAAGAAUGUUGCACGUGUUUAAUUGAAGUGUCAUAUUUUUACAGUCUGUGCACUAAAAGUGCAUAAACAUUGUUACCAUUUUCAAUAUUCUAAUUGAAAAAAAUCAGAAAACCUUCUCUAGUGGGCGAAUUGAAUUCAAAUUUGUUUAAGUUGUUGCUGACGGACAUAAAUAACUAUAACAAUCAUGCCACCAAAACGGUCGAUGGAAGAAACCGACCGCUUAACCAGAAUUGCUAUAGUCAAUUCUGAUAAAUGCAAACCUAAGCGUUGCAGGCAAGAAUGUAAGCGUUCUUGUCCUGUGGUAAGAAUGGGAAAGCUUUGCAUUGAAGUAACGCCGAAUAACAAAAUAGCUUCAAUUUCAGAAGAACUUUGCAUUGGAUGUGGUAUUUGUGUUAAGAAAUGUCCAUUUGAAGCUAUAUCAAUUAUAAACCUACCGAGUAAUUUAGAAAAAGAAACUACCCAUCGGUAUUCCAAAAAUUCCUUCAAAUUACAUAGACUGCCAAUACCACGACCUGGUGAAGUUCUUGGAUUAGUUGGUACUAAUGGAAUUGGCAAAUCUACUGCUCUUAAAAUUUUGGCUGGAAAGCAGAAGCCUAACUUAGGUCAAUUCACUAAUCCUCCUGAUUGGACAGAAAUUUUGAGCCAUUUUAGGGGUAGUGAAUUGCAAAAUUAUUUUACAAAAAUUCUCGAAGAUGAUUUGAAAGCUCUUAUAAAACCACAAUAUGUCGAUCAGAUUCCAAAAGCUGUUCGUGGAACUGUUCAACAAUUGCUUGACAAAAAAGAUGAAUCAAAAAAUCAAAUUCAAAUCUGCAAAAUGCUUGAUUUAUUGCACAUACGAGACAGAGCAAUCGAUGCACUUUCUGGUGGGGAAUUGCAAAGAUUCGCUUGUGCCAUGGUGUGUAUUCAAGAUGGAGACAUUUUUAUGUUUGACGAACCUUCAUCAUACUUGGAUGUUAAACAGCGACUAAAUGCUGCUGUGACAAUCAGAUCUCUUAUACAUCCAGACAAAUUCAUCAUUGUGGUCGAGCAUGACUUGUCAGUUUUGGACUACUUGUCAGAUUUUAUAUGCUGUUUAUAUGGUGUUCCUGGAGCGUAUGGCGUUGUUACUAUGCCCUUCUCUGUUCGUGAAGGUAUUAAUAUUUUCCUCGAUGGAUUUGUUCCUACUGAAAAUUUGCGUUUCAGAGAAGAGUCACUUGUAUUUAAAGUGGCUGAAAGUGCAACUGAAGAAGAAGUAAAACGCAUGAAUCAUUACGAGUAUCCAGCAAUGAAAAAAACAAUGGAUAAUUUUACUCUUGUUGUUGAAAGGGGACAAUUUACUGAUUCUGAAAUCAUUGUUUUAUUGGGCGAGAAUGGAACAGGAAAAACUACAUUUAUCAGAAUGCUUGCUGGUAAUUUAUCUCCGGAUGAGGGAACAGAUAGUAUUCCUCAAUUGCAUAUUAGUUAUAAGCCGCAAAAAAUAAGUCCUAAAUCGCAGGGAAUUGUUAGGCAACUUUUGCAUGAUAAGAUUAGGGAAGCAUACUUGCAUCCUCAAUUCAUAACAGAUGUUAUGAAACCAUUGAGAAUUGACGAUAUUAUGGAUCAAGAAGUUCAAAAUUUGUCUGGAGGGGAAUUACAACGUGUGGCUAUGGCUCUUUGUCUCGGUAAACCUGCCGAUGUUUAUUUAAUUGAUGAACCAUCCGCUUACUUGGAUUCAGAACAACGUUUAGUUGCGGCAAAAGUAAUUAAACGGUUUGUUCUUCAUUCAAAGAAAACUGGAUUUGUUGUGGAGCACGACUUUAUUAUGGCUACUUAUUUAGCUGAUAGGGUUAUUGUAUUUUCUGGUACUCCAUCUUUAUGCACAGUUGCUCACAGUCCACAAUCUUUAUUAAAUGGAAUGAACAGAUUUUUGGAACUCUUAGGAAUUACGUUUAGAAGAGAUCCUAAUAACUUCAGACCACGCAUCAAUAAAAAUCAAUCCGUCAAGGAUUUGGAACAAAAGAAAGCGGGACAAUACUUCUUCUUGGAAGAAUGAUUCUAAAAUGGUGAUUGAAGACUGGAAGAUCAGCACUGUAAAUUUGUGAUCUUUCAGGUUAAUGAUGAAUUUUAAUUAUUUGGAAUUUGAAAAUCAAAGAGAAAAAAUAAAAUAAUCAUUCUUUACGCAUGAAUUUAAUAAAUAUUUACCACAUUAAAA